CGCAGCGCUUCUCGCGCAUGUGCAGUGGGCACCCGGCUGACAGCCGGUCAUCUCCUGCACUGUCCGCAGACUCUGAUCAUCCCCUGCACUGUCCACAGUCUCUGGUCAUCUCCUGUACUGUCCACAGUCUCUGGUCAUCCCCUGCACUGUCCGCAGACUCUGAUCAUCCCCUGCACUGUCCGCAGUCUCUGGUCAUCCCCUGUACUGUCCACAGUCUCUGGUCAUCCCUGUACUGUCCACAGUCUCUGGUUAUCUCCUGUACUGUGUCCACAGUCUCUGGUCAUCUCUUGUACUGUGUCCGCAGUCUCUGGUCAUCUCCUGUACUGUGUCCGCAGUCUCUGGUCAUCCCCUGUACUGUGUCCGCAGUCUCUGGUCAUCCCUGUACUGUCCACAGUCUCUGGUCAUCUCCUGUACCGUGUCCGCAGUCUCUGGUCAUCUCCUGUUACCGUGUCCGCAGUCUCUGCUGGUCAUCUCCU